GAUCCGGCGGCGGCCAUGCACCCGUCGCGGUCCGCGCCGGCGUCCUUCCGGGACCGCACCAACGAGUUCCGCGCCGCCGUCGAGAGCGCGCGCCGCCACGCCGCGCCGUCCCCCGCCGCCGCGUCCGCCAGCGGCGGCGGCGGCGGGCCCCUCGACGACUCGCUCUCCGCCGCGUCCGCGCAGUCCGAGUUCAAGAACCGCGCCUCCAGGAUCGGGCUCGGGAUCCACCAGACCUCCCAGAAGCUCGCGCGCCUCGCCAAAUUGGCAAAGAGGACAUCCGUUUUCGAUGACCCAACCUUAGAGAUACAAGAGUUGACUGCAGUUGUUAAGAAGGACAUCGGUGCUUUGAAUAAUGCUGUUAUGGACCUACAAGUUCUCUGCAAUUCACAGAAUGAGAGCGGUAAUCUGUCCAAGGAUACAACAAAUCAUUCCACUACUGUUGUGGACAACCUAAAAAACCGCCUGAUGAGUGCAACGAAAGAAUUCAAAGAAGUUCUUACCAUGCGGACAGAGAACAUGAAGGUUCAUGAAAAUAGAAGGCAAAUGUUCUCCUCCUCAGCAGCGAAGGAUGCAUCGAACCCAUUCAUGCGCCAGCGUCCUCUUGUUGCCAGGGAGGCAUCUGACUCUGCGCCUCCAGCACCAUGGGCCACUGACUCUGCGACUACGCCUUUGUUUCAGAGGAAGAAGACCAAUGGAGAUCAUGGAGCGUCAUCAUCAUCGACUCCAGCUUUCAUGCAGCAGCAGCAGUUGGCAGUACAGCAGGACAGUUACAUGAAUAGCAGAGCUGAGGCUCUUCAAAAUGUGGAAUCAACCAUACAUGAGCUGAGCAACAUCUUCACACAGCUAGCAACCAUGGUGUCUCAGCAGGGAGAGCUAGCAAUCAGAAUCGACGAGAACAUGGAGGACACUGUGGCGAACGUGGAGGGAGCGCAGGGCCAGCUCCUGAAGUACCUGAACAGCAUCUCGUCCAACAGGUGGCUGAUGAUGAAGAUAUUCUUCGUCCUGAUGGUGUUCCUCAUGAUCUUCAUAUUCUUCGUCGCCUGAUCCCCAGCCCUUGUAACACCAUGUUCCGCACACAAGUAUAUUCUUUGAUUUUUACCGAACUACACCAUGUACAACAGUUUUCACUCGGACGAUGAGCAGUUGUUCCUAUCCUCCGUCCGUGGUCAUGUAAAUUGGGAGAAGCUC